GCCGGUCCAGCGAUUGGCGUGCAGCCUGUGCACUUGGGCCGCAACGGCAACGUCGGCGCGUCGGGGCAGUGGGGCGAGAAGGCGACGACGCCGGAACACAGUGCCACCAAGGCGUCCAAGAAGAACAAGAAGAAGACCAUGUCGCUGGCCGAAGUGGCCAUGAAGUUUGGGUAA